AUGCAGGGAAUAAAUCUCUCAAAGUAUCUAAAUUGCACUCGCCGUACGGGUUUGGGAAAUUUGGUAAAUCUUGGACGUCUGUUCAACGUACGAGGCGUGGCCACUCAGGGUCGACACGAUUCCAAUCAGUGGGUGACAAGCUUCUCAUUGUCCUACACUGCAGAUGACUUUAUGUGGGUUUUUAUCAAGGAAAACAGCCAAGUGAAGACAUUCCUGGCAAACAGCGACAGGACAACAGUUGUCAAACAUGUCUUCAGCCCGCAUAUCAGAGUGUUUGCCAGAAGCGUUCGUUUCCAUCCGAAAGGUUGGCAAAGCCACAUCUCCAUGCGAGUGGAGAUUUAUGGUUGCAAAGAAGGUCGCAGUUGCUUCCUUCCUCUUGGUAUGGAGAGUGGCCAUCUUCCCAACAACGCAAUAUCGGCAUCGACGUAUUAUAGCUCUAAUCACAUCCCGCAGUUCUCGAGACUCAAUAAGAUCCCUAGUUCAGGCAAGGCGGGGGCCUGGUGCACACGUACAAACAAUGGUAACGAAUGGCUGCAGGUCAACUUUGAGCGUGAAACAUCUGUUACAAAAGUGGCUACUCAGGGGAGGUAUGACAGCGAUCACAGGUUGACGAGCUACAGUUUGUCGUAUAGUGUGGACGGCUCUCACUGGGCGUGGUACAGACUUUCGGAUGGACAUAUCAAGGUGUUUGGUGGUAACAUCGACCGCAACACUCCAGUUUAUCAUCCCCUUCAUUUGCCGAUUCAAGCCAAAUAUCUUCGAUUCCACCCCAAGUCAUGGUAUGGUCACAUCUGUACCAGAGCAGAGGUCUAUGGCUGCCAAGAAGGAUCACAUUGUUCCCUUUCUCUCGGACUCGAAGAUGGCCGAGUUUCAGCCAGUGCUAUGUCUGCCUCGACUAUUUACAGCAGUUCCUGCGCUGCUAGUUUAGGCCGUUUGAAUCUUGCGGCUGGUUCAGGUAAAGUGGGAUCCUGGUGUGCUAAAAGGAAUGACGUCAAUCAAUGGUUACAAGUUGAUCUUGGCAGCCUUACGACCGUUACUAAAGUAGCCACCCAAGGAAGGCAGGACUCAUCUCAAUGGGUAACGAGCUACUCACUAUCUUACAGCUUGACCGGCUCUUACUGGGUUCAGUACACUGUGCGAGGGAAAAAGAAGGUUUUUCGGGGAAAUUUCGAUCGUAAUACCAUUGUUGUCCACCAGACCUUCCCACCAAUCCAUGCCCGGUUCGUCCGCAUUCAUCCUUUAACUUGGCAAGUCCACAUCAGCAUGCGUGCUGAGUUGUACGGUUGUCCUAUCAGGGGCAUCUAAGGGGAAGAAAGUUCAACGAGGAAAGUCGCCGAAAGAGUAUCGACUCGGCCAGUAAAAACCCAUGAAGGAGAUGGUUAAAGGUUAUUUUUGUCAGAG